AUUCGAGUCAACCACUUCGUCAGUACUUGUCAGCUCGAAUGGUCGUCUUCAAAGAAGUUAUUUUAACGAUAAAGUUUUGUUAUAGUUCGCCUUCAUGCAUCAGAACCGAAGCGUAGAUAGUUAAUCUGCAUAAAAUUUUGCUGAGAUGUUUCCUAGGCAAUAUUUGCUCUUGCUGCUAGCAGUAGCGACCUGCAGUGCCAGCGAUGCAGGAAGGUUGAGACGACACCGGCGUCAGUACAGCGCUCACUCUAACGUCGGCUACAACUCAGGCAGAGCAGAUCCAUUCACCAACGCCCGGCCAGCCAGUCAAUUCAAAUCAUGCAUCGACAUUCACGAGAUCGCCAACGGCCAGUCGGUAUGCGCCUACAGCGGGUGCCGACUGCGCUGCAACCCAGGGUACAAGUUCAUCCAGACGGAGACGGUGCAAAGCGACCGCGUGAUCCUGGACUGCGACCACAGCAGCGGCGAGCUUAGAUUCAGAGACCGCAAGUGGACCCCGGAGAUGACAAUCUGUUCCCCUACAUGCGAAGCGGCAUGCGAGAACGGCGGCACGUGUGUCGCCCCCAACAAAUGCGCGUGCGCUGGAAUUUACAGCGGCCCCACAUGCUCCGAGGAGCCCAUGUUGGGAGACCAGCCGUAUGGAAGCUAUCAACUGGCUCCGCUGAGGGAUAAUGAACGGCGGAUAGAAUGCGAGCCAGGGACCAGGAUGCCCGAUGGUUCGACGUCGGUGACUCUGCAGUAUCGAGACAACAGUUGGUUCUAUCCUGACGGUCGUCUCCUGUUGGGUGUCGAUCAAGUCACUUGUGAAAAAGAACGCGACCAACAGACCCUCCCCCCUGCCAGCAACAAACCAGGCCGCCCCCACGACCUGACCGCACCCAGUCCACAUUUCGUGCCGCGCCCCGCGUCGGGUGUGGACACAACCAACCUCGCAGUUCCCUCUUGCAGUCCACCGUGCCGCAACGGAGGAGAGUGUGUCUACGUGAACACAUGCAGCUGCCCUCGAGGCUACUGGGGCCCUACGUGUGAAGUCAACUCGUGCACUUACCCUCGCUUCGCCCGGAACCUUCACGCGUCCCUGGGCGGGACCCUGAAGAGGAUGAAGUUCGAGUGUCACCCCGGGCACCGCACGCAGCAAGGCCUGGACCGCGUCAUGGUGCUCUGCAUUGAAGGCUCCUGGAGGCUCCCCAGCGGCAGACUUCUUUCUGAGAGCGAUGUGCUCUGCUUGCCAGAAAACUAAGCCGUGAAUUGAAAUAAAAAUCGAGAACAAGACUCCUUUUGUUGAUUUUAAGGCUAUAAAUCCAGUGUUGCAGCAUUGGAUUCUCAGAAAAGAAGUAAUGUAUGACCUUCUAAUCCUGGUUUUCUCGUUGCUUGAAUGAGCGCAAAAUAGGAGCAAGUUACUAAAAGGUGACAGAACGUCACAAGAAUUGUUUGUGGUCUCCAGGCGCUAUUUUAUUCCAGUAAGAUAUUAAGUUUAAUCGAAUUCAUUUUCUUUUUUCAUCCAUUUGAAGAAAUUUGUGUUGAAAAUAAA